AGACCUAAAGAAAGAAGAAGCAGAGACAGAUGUGAGCGGUGAUGAGCAGUAUAUGGAGGACAUUACUAUACGGAACUAUCUGAACUCUAUUAAUGCUACAGACAUACAGAAAGAAGAAGAGACAGAUAUGAGCGGUGAUGGGCAGUAUAAGGAGGACAUUCCUACUGGUAACUGCCCAGGAUACAGAGGUGAUGAUUUUCCUGACUAAUUCAUCAAGAAUGGAGAUAGACCGAGACAAGAUGGCCGACAGGAUAAUAGACCUCACCCUACAGAUACUCUUCCGGCUUACUGGAGAGGAUUACACAUUAGUGAAGAAGUCCUCUAGUGGGCGCUGUCGGGCCCCUGUGUGUGAAGGAUGGGGAAGAACCCUGAGCCCAAUCCCGGGGCCCCCACCUCACUCCCUGAUACAUGAGGAAAUGGAGGAACAGAAGAUCCUAGAACUGAUCAACAAGAUGAUGGAGCUGCUGACUGGAGAGGUUCCUAUAAGGUGUCAGGACGUGGCGGUGUAUUUCUCCAUGGAGGAGUGGGAGUAUGUAGAAGGACACAAGGAUCAGUACAAGGAUCAGGUGAUGAUGGAGGAUCAGCAGCCCCUCACAUCAGCAGUCAGAUCCAGUAAGAGAACAGCAGCAGAGAGGUGUCCCCGUCCUCUUCUUCCACAGGAUCAGGAUCAGGGUGAUGAUCUGAACAAUAUUAAUGGUAUAAACAUAACACUAAAAGAAGAGACAGAUGAAAUCAGAGAUGAGCAGCAUAAAGAGGACAUUCCUACAGAAAAAGACGUGAUCUAUAUAAAUGCUGCAGAAAUAAAGGAAAAAGAAGAGACAGAUGUGAGCGGUGAUGAGCAGUAUAAGGAGGAAAUUCCUACAGGGAAAGAUCUGAGCUAUAUUAAUACUACAGACGUAAGGGAAGAAGAAAAGACAGAUGUGAGUGGUGAUGAGCAGUAUAAGAAGGACAUUCCUACUGGGAAAGAUCUGAUCUAUAUAAAUGCUACAGACAUAAAGGAAGAAGAAGAGACAGAUGUGAGCGGUGAUGAGCAGUAUAAGGAGGACAUUUGUACAGGGAAAGAUCUCUUGUAUAUUAAUGCUACAGACAUAAAGGAAGAAGAAGAAGAGACAGAUGUGAGCGGUGAUGAGCAGUAUAUGGAGGACAUUUCUACUGGUAACCGCCCAGAUUCUUGUACCAGGAGAUCAGAGGAGAAUCUUAUAUCUUCAUAUUAUAAAGCAGAUGAUGAUAUCACACAAGAUACAUAUGAAGAACAUUCCAUUAUCCCAGAUACACCCUCAGCCCUUCACAGACAAGAUCUGUCAUCUCAUCCUGUUAUACCCGUCAUGUCUACUGAUCCAUCAGAAACUAUUAAACAGCAAAAAAGUCACAGAAGGAAAGAGAAACCUCAAAUAAGUCGCACAGGGGAGAAGCCAUUUUCAUGCCCAGAAUGUGAAGAACGUUUUACUUUGAUAUCAUGUCUUGUAAAACAUCAGGAAAUUCACACAGAUAUGAAGCCAUAUUCAUGUGCACAAUGUGGGAAGUGCUUUACUUGGAAAUCAAAACUUGUUGAACAUGAAAAAGCACACACAGGAGAGAAGCCAUUUUCAUGCUCACAAUGUGGGAAAUGUUUUACCAGAAAAUCGCAUCUUGUUAAACAUCAGAAAAUUCACGCAAAACAGAAGGCCUAUUCAUGUCUAGAAUGUGGUAAAUGUUUUACUCUGGAAUCAAAACUUCUUGUACAUCAAAUAAUUCAUGCAAGAGAGAAGCCAUUUUCAUGCUCAGAAUGUGGGAAAUGUUUUACUAAUAAAUCACAUUUUGUUGAACAUCAGAGAAUUCACACAGGAGAGAAGCCGUUUUCAUGUUCAGAGUGUGGGAAAUGUUUUACUCGAAAAUCAAGUCUUGUUAAACAUCAGAAAAUUCACACAAAACAGAAGCCUUAUUCAUGCCUAGAAUGUGGGAAAUGUUUUACUCUGAAAUCAGAUCUUGUUGUACAUCAGAAAAUUCACACAGGGGAAAGGUCAUUUUCAUGCUCAGAAUGUGGAAAAUGUUAUAUUUAUAAAACGGAUCUCGUUAAACAUCAAAGAAUCCACACAGGAGAGAAGCCAUUUUCAUGCUCUGAAUGUGGGAAAUGUUUUACUCAUAGAUCAAUUCUUGUUGGACAUCAGAGAAUUCACACAGGGGAGAAACCAUUUUCUUGUUCAGUAUGUGGAAAAUGUUUUACUCGGAAAUUUCAUUUUUUUGAACAUCAGAGAAUUCAUACAGGAGAGAAGCCAUUUUUAUGUUCCAUGUGUGGAAAAGGUUUUACUCGGAAAUCACAUCUUCUUUACCAUCAAAAAACUCAUACAGGGGAGAAACUAUUUUCAUGCUCCGAAUGUGGUAAAUGUUUUACUUGUAAAGCAAUUCUUGUUAACCAUCAACGAGUCCACACAGGGGAGAAGCCAUUUUCAUGCUCAGAAUGUGGGAAAUGUUUUACUAAUAAAUCAAUGCUUGUUGAACAUCAGAGAAUUCACACAGGAGUGAAGCCAUUCUCAUGUUCAGAAUGUGGGAAAUGUUUUACUCGAAAUUCACAUCUUAUUAACCAUCAAACAACUCACAAAGUUAAAAAACCAUUUUCAUGCUCAGAAUGUGGGAAAGGUUUUAGUCAGAAAGCUGCUUUUUUUGAACAUCAGAGAAUUCAUACAGGAGAGAUGCCAUUUUCAUGUUCAGAAUGUGGAAAAUGUUUUACUAGUAAAUCACAGCUUCUUUACCAUCAACCUACUCACACGGGGGAAAAGCCAUUUUCAUGCUCAGAAUGUGGGAAAUGCUUUACCUUUAAAUCACAUCUUGUUAAACAUCAAAUAAUCCACACAGGAGAGAAGCCAUUUUCAUGUUCAGAAUGUGGGAAAGGUUUUACUCAUAAAUCGCAACUUGUUGUACAUCAGAGAACUCACACAGGAGAGAAGCCAUUUCCAUGUUCAGAAUGUGGGAAAUGUUUUACUCGGAACUCGCAUCUUGUUGAACAUCAAGCAACUCACACAGGUGAGAAGCGAUUUUCCUGUUCAGAAUGUGGGAAAAGGUUCACAAAGAAAGCUAAUUUUUUGAACCAUCGAAAGAGUCACACAGAAGAGGAGCCAUUUUCAUGAACUGUACAUGCAAAGUCAUCUUAACAAAGAAUAAAUUCCACACAAAAGAACUCACACAGGAAAAAUAUUUUCAUGACCAUGAAUGUGGUACAUCUUUAUACCGUAUAAAAAUUCUAUAAAUUUCCUGGAUCUGGAAAUCUCACAUGAAAAUGAGAAGUCACUGCAACCCACUUCAAACCCCGGACCUAAAAUGGUGUACUAGUAUUCCAUUUACCCGUAUCUAGAUGCACUGCACCAACGAUAAGUCAUUCCAGACCCAAGCAGAUGGAUUUUACAAAAAAGGUUUACAGAUUAUGGGCACCCUACAACACUAUUAACCCCUUAAAGACCACAGGUUUUUCCGUUUUUGCACUUUCAUUUUUUCCUCCUCACCUUUUAAAAAUCAUAACUC